CAUCGGGUUCUCUUCGUCACUUGGGGCGGGACUAGCAAAGAGCAAGGACAAACGCAACUUUUCCUAAACUUCAGCGCUUUUCACUGCGUGUCCUCCGUCCACGGAAUUUACUCAGCCCUAAAAGUUGAUCCAGGAAGCUGAUCCGCUUCAACCAUGACUCUCGAGGGGGGAAUGAAAUGCGUCAAGUUCUUGCUCUUCUUCUUCAACUUCAUCUUCUGGUUAUGCGGCCUGGCCUUGAUUGUGGUGGGAGUCCUGGUUCAGGUGUCCUUGCAUCAAACCGUCAUGAUCAAUGACGCAUCGGCGUCAGGAGCGCCCAUCGUCAUCAUUGCCGUCGGGGUGGUCAUUUUCUUCAUCUCCUUCUUCGGCUGCUGCGGCGCCUGGAAAGAGAACUACUGCAUGGUCACCAUGUUUUCCAUCCUUCUCUCAUUGAUCAUCCUCGUUCAGAUUGCGGCGGCGAUCGCCGGUUACAUCUACAGAAACAAAGUGUCUGACGUGGUCCAGGACAGUCUGGCGGACAUGAUCACCAGGUACAGCAACAGCUCGGCUGAAUUCAAAGCCAGCGUGGACGCUCUCCAGGAGGACUUGAAAUGCUGUGGCAUGAACGGAUCCUCCGACUGGCGAAACUUCCGGCCCGACGGGAUCUCGGUGCCCGACUCGUGCUGUGUGAACGUGUCUGCCAAUUGCGGCAUCGGGGCCAUGACCGACUCUGUCAAAGUGCACCAAGAGGGUUGUCGCACUGCGCUUGAGGAGUUACUGAAGAAAAAUAUCCUGUGGGUGAUCAUCGCCGCUCUUGUUCUGGCGUUUAUCGAGGUCAUGGGCGUCGUGUUUGCCUGCGUGUUGAUGCGAGGCAUACGGAGCGGCUACGAAGUCAUGUGAGUCGCUCGCCGUCAGCGAUCACGUGGAAGACCACUCACUUGGCGGGCGCCUCACUUUCUUUUUGUAGUGCCCAGAACAAUCUUUCAGUGGUCACGAGUGGUUGUGGUUUGAUACACUCGUAGGCGUGCAACAUCCAUUUCUUCCUUUGACACGACACUGUCCGCUUCUUCUUGAUAGUUGAGGAUCUUGAAUAUCUUUGCUGUUGCAUUAGAAUUUGUGAUGUUUUGUUUUUAAGGCUUGUUGGUUCCCAGUUUGUUUUUAUUAAAGAACCUUUCUAUCCAAA